AUACAAGGCUUUUGCAAAGUUGUAGUCCAUCCAAUCUUUUGGAACUUCAAGCCCAAUAAAGAGUUCGCUCCUUGCCCAGGUCAUGAAAUCUUCGGCUGAAUCAAACUUUGGGCUGAGUAACAUCAGCCUCUUGUGGGGCCUUCCCCUCUAAGCUUGUGAGGUUCAGAGCAACCAAACACGGUCUGCAAUUGACAGGGCCUUUCGUUCUUUUCAAACCUCACAAAGUUUACGCUCAAAUCUCUCGAUUCAAAUCAAUUUAUGUAGCUGUUUGAUUAUAUACACCACCACACAAAAAAAGAAAAAAGAAAAAAAAGUCAUAUAUCUCAAUCAGUUGUUCAAAUAUGGCUUCUUCAGUUAUUCUCCAUAAGCUGUGCUCCAUUUCGCUGCACUCCCCAAAAUGUUACAAAAACCAAACCCUGGCUCUGACCCACUCCCAGUUUCUUUCCUCCAAGUCCUUUUUGAAGCUAAAGAAACAAUCUUUGCUCUCAAGCAUCCAUGUUAGGAACCCAAGCCAAAAGUCUAGGUCAGCAUCCAUUGUCUUUGCUGCACAGACCAACUUUUUGAAAGCUCUUCAAACAGUGUGGAAGGUUGGCAGGGAUGGAAUUGAGGCAGGAACCAACUUGGUGCCUGAUUCUGUACCAAGGCCAAUGGCAAGGAUUUCUGUCACGUUAGUUGCACUGACAGUUUCGCUCUUUGUGCUCAAGUCUUUCCUGUCUACAGCUUUCUUUGCCCUGGCGACGAUGGGACUCGUAUAUUUUGCAUUCAUAGCCUUGAAUAAAGAUAAAGAUGAAGGGCCAAGAGGGGGUGGAGGCACCACCUCUACAGUAGAUUCUCUAGAAGAGGCAAAAAGAAUAAUGGAAAAGUACAAGUAACAACAGCGAGAGUAUGUGCUGGUUCUCAAUGGUGAAUUUAAAAAGGUUACAGUUUUCUCAUGUAAAGUUGAGGAUAUGCACUGAGAAGAGGAAAGAAAGGAACACAAAAGUAUUUCUUUCUUUUCUUUUUUUUGGUUCUUUUUCCCAAUUGGUUAUAUAUGAACACGAGAUGCCCCUUUAAAUUAAUUAAAUCAUAUCUUAAGUUUUAUCUAGUUGCUUCUUUAGAUUGCCUUAAUCAUCUUUAGUUCCAUGUAGCUUUAUAGAACUUACUGUGUUUUUAAGUUCUGGGUCUGGUUUGGAUGGAGUUCUCCACAAAUACAUUGCCUUUUUUGCUUCUUUUGCGCUGGAGUGGCUGUAUAGGGAACUUAAUAAUGCGCACUUAAUGCUUACAAGAAAUGGCCUGUGCAGUUUUUGUUGAA